AUGCGUACACAAUAUUUCGUAUUUUUUUCUCUUGUUAUUCUCUUUAACCUUGCACCCUUGGUUUUCUCGUGCCAAGUGGGCGAUGAAUAUGAUUAUGAAUGUUAUCUUGGAUAUGUAUGUUCAAGUGCUCCAUCAACAUAUGGGCAAUGCAUUUAUGGAUGUCAUCAUGAUAGCGAUUGUCAGUUUGAUACGACAGAUACUCAGAAUCAAAAAUGUGAUACGAGUUUGACGACAUGGUCGUGUACUUGUGGAAACUAUACUGUUUGUCCUGGCGAUGGUCAAUGUUAUGAGGGACAUUGUAUUCUUGGUAGUUUCACUGAUGUUGCAACUUGUGACCAUCCUACUUUAAAAGUUUAUUUCGAUGGCAUCUGUAAGUGGGCCGUGAAAAAGGCGGCAUUAUUAAACAAUCCAACAGUUAAGAUUGUUGCUGAGAGUUGUGCUUUGGCUGCAUGGUUUUAUCUUCCAGCGCGUUUAGUUGGAAUAGCGUGUGGGGCUAUAGCUUCAUAUAUCGUUGCAGCUUCAACUGGUACAAACUAUGCUGCGGAAGAAACUUGUGCUAACGCUUGGUCAUCAGUUUGUGGGUUUUUGUAA